CAGUGGUACGUCCCGGAGGUAGAUUUUUAAGGAUUGUAGACUGCGAGGAUUGGCGGGAACUCUUCAGAGCCGGAUUAUGUUUUCCCGCGAAAUAUCGUAUGCAUGAGUUUUUUUGUUGUAUUGGGGUCAUCUCUAGCCAGGUGCUAAUCUCUGGGCUCGCGGCCACUCUUCAUCAUGUCUUCAUCCCCAGCCUCGACCCCGAGCCGCCGAAGCAGUCGGCGCGGCCGCGCCAGCAACCCUUCCACCCCUCGAAGUGAGAAUGUCAAGUCUUCUCCAUCACAAAGGCGCCGGCCUGAAGAUUCCACCUCCACAGGCGAGCUGCAACCAAUGCCCACCUCCCCUGGGGCUGAUCUGCAGAGCCCUGGGACCCAGGACGCUUUGUUCUCAAGCCCACCACCAUUUCGUUCUUCAGCUAUUCCUCUUGAGUUUGAUCUCAGUUCACCUUUGACAUAUGGUACUCCCAGUUCACGAGUCGAGGGAACUCCAAGAAGUGGUGUUCGGGGAACGCCGGUGAGACAGAGGCCUGAUCUUGGAUCUGCUCGUAAGGGUCGACAAGUAGAUCUGCACUCUGACGGGCCAGCUGCAGAAGAUACAGUAGCAAGUGAACAGUCUCUUGGCCAAAAACUUGUGAUUUGGGGGACAGAUGUAAAUGUAGCUACAUGCAAAGAAAAUUUUCAGCGAUUUCUUCAACGUUUUAUUGACCCCUUAGCCAAAGAAGAAGAAAAUGUAGGCAUAGAUCUCACUGCGCCUUUAUACAUGCAGCGACUUGCAGAGAUCAAUGUUAUUGGGGAACCAUUUUUAAAUGUAAAUUGUGAACACCUAAAAUCAUUUGACAAAAAUUUGUACAGACAACUUAUCUCCUACCCACAGGAAGUUAUCCCAACAUUUGAUAUGGCUGUAAAUGAGAUCUUCUUUGAUCGUUAUCCUGAUUCAAUAUUAGAACACCAGAUACAAGUCCGACCAUUCAAUGCAUUGAAGACUAGAAACAUGAGAAACCUAAACCCAGAAGAUAUCGAUCAACUAAUUACUAUCAGCGGGAUGGUAAUCAGAUCAUCCCAGUUGAUUCCAGAGAUGCAGGAAGCAUUUUUCCAGUGUCAGGUUUGUGCGUUUACCACAAGAGUUGAAAUUGAUCGUGGCCGGAUUGCCGAACCAUCCGUGUGCAAGCACUGUAACACGAAACACAGCAUGGCGCUGAUCCACAACCGUUCCAUGUUUUCGGACAAACAGAUGAUCAAACUGCAAGAGUCUCCUGAGGACAUGCCAGCAGGACAGACUCCUCACACUGUCGUUCUCUUUGCUCACAACGACCUCGUUGAUAAGGUUCAACCAGGUGACAGGGUGAAUGUUACAGGGAUCUAUAGAGCUGUUCCUGUUCGAGUCAAUCCAAGGAUGAGCAACGUCAAAUCUGUGUAUAAGACCCAUAUAGAUGUCAUUCACUAUCGUAAGACCGAUGCCAAGCGUCUGCAUGGCCUUGAUGAAGAAGCUGAACAGAAACUUUUUUCAGAAAAUCGUGUGGAAAUGCUGAAAGAGCUUUCCAGGAAACCUGAUAUUUAUGAGAGACUUUCUUCAGCCUUAGCUCCAAGCAUUUAUGAACAUGAAGAUAUCAAAAAGGGUAUUUUGCUUCAGCUGUUUGGAGGAACAAGAAAGGAUUUUAGUCACACUGGAAGGGGUAAAUUCCGUGCCGAGAUCAAUAUCCUUCUCUGUGGUGAUCCUGGGACCAGUAAGUCCCAGCUGCUACAAUAUGUCUACAACCUUGUUCCCCGAGGACAGUACACGUCUGGGAAGGGGUCCAGUGCAGUUGGUCUUACUGCAUAUGUCAUGAAAGACCCAGAAACAAGGCAGUUGGUCUUACAGACUGGUGCCCUGGUCUUGAGUGACAAUGGUGUUUGCUGUAUUGAUGAAUUUGACAAGAUGAAUGAAAGCACAAGAUCUGUACUUCAUGAAGUAAUGGAACAACAGACUCUCUCAAUUGCCAAGGCAGGAAUUAUUUGUCAGCUGAAUGCUCGAACUUCUAUCUUAGCAGCAGCUAAUCCUAUAGAGUCUCAAUGGAAUCCCAAGAAAACUACCAUUGAAAAUAUUCAACUUCCCCAUACAUUAUUAUCAAGAUUUGAUUUGAUUUUCCUCAUGCUGGACCCCCAAGAUGAAGCAUAUGAUAGGCGCCUCGCCCACCAUCUGGUUGCGCUGUACUACCAGAGCGAAGAGCAGGUAGAAGAGGAGUUCAUGGAUAUGGCGGUCCUGAAGGACUACAUCGCAUAUGCUCACAGCUCUAUCACACCUAGACUCAGUGAAGAGGCGAGCCAGGCUUUAAUUGAGGCCUAUGUAGACAUGAGGAAGAUUGGAAGUGGCAGAGGAAUGGUUUCUGCAUAUCCCCGACAACUGGAAUCACUGAUACGUUUGUCAGAAGCUCAUGCCAAAGUGCGAUUUUCAAACAAAGUUGAAGCAAUUGAUGUUGAAGAAGCAAAACGGCUCCAUCGUGAGGCACUCAAACAGUCUGCUACUGACCCAAGAACUGGCAUUGUGGAUAUAUCUAUUCUCACUACAGGGAUGAGUGCCACAUCUCGAAAAAGAAAAGAAGAAUUAGCUGAGGCUUUGAAGAAACUUAUUCAAUCAAAGGGCAAAACACCAGCUCUAAAAUACCAGCAACUCUUUGAAGAUAUUCGGGGACAGUCUGACAUAGCUAUUACUAAAGAUAUGUUUGAAGAAGCUCUACGUGCUUUGGCUGAUGAUGACUUCUUGACAGUAACUGGAAAAACUGUUCGACUACUCUGAAGAAAUAAGAUACAAGCGAUAAUGAGUGCUAUUAUGUUCUGCUUUUCUACCAAAAUGUUUCAUUUAUUUGCUUAGAUAAAGUUACCAGUUUUGCUUCAUUAUUUGUCAAUCACUGUAAAUAACUGAUUUCUAAAAGAGAACUUAAUAAUUCUUUUUUUCAAAUAUUAAUUAGGGGGGGCAGCAGUGGAUUGAGAGCCAGGCCUAGAGACAGGAGGCCCUAGGUUCAAAUCUGGCCUCAGACAUUUCCCAGCUAUGUGACCCUGGGCAAGUCACUUAACCCCCAUUGCCUAGCCCAUACCACUCUUCUGCCUUGGAGCCAAUACACAAUAUUGAUUCCAAGAUGAUAGGUAAGGGUCUUUAUAAAAAUAUAUAUAUAUAUUAAGUAGGUAUCACUUUUUGUAAUGAGACACAUUCAUUAAAAAUGCUUUUGCAUACUACUUUUCAAAUCUAUCUUUUCUUAGUAUAGACCUUGUUAGAAUUUAUACAUCUCUUAUCCAUAUUUUUCUAUAAAUAUCCACAGAUGAUGAACCAAUGUGCUGAAUUUUUUUUUUUAAUGUUAAAUGUCUUAGGGGUAGUACCACACACAGAGACCCCAUCUUCUCCAUAACCAUGUAUUUCUCAGCACUGCUACUUUUUGUGGUAGCAAAGAACUGGGAACAAAGUGAUUGCCUAUCAGUUGGAAGCAAAUAAACUAAAUGGUGUACAAAUUAAAGGUAUUUUAUUAUGUAGCAAGACAUAAUGAUUACCAGGAAUUCAGAGAAACACAGAGCUUUGAAGAACUCUACAUAGCAAAGCAAUCAAAACCAGAAAAGUAUAUACUAUAUUACUACAUUGUAAAUUUUUUUAAAUCCUUAAAAAUGUUGAGCUGAGCAAUUGUAAUAAUCAAUGUAAUUCCCACAGAAAAAAAAGAUAGCCAAACAAAUAGUGGUGCAUACCUGUAAUGAAGUACCACUGCACCCUAAGAAAUGAGUAUGAAGAAUAAUAGUAGCUAUCAUGUAGAUAACACUAAGAUUGGGAGGAGUGCAACAACCUUGUGUGGUAGCUUUACUGUCCCCAUUUUACUCAUUAGGAAAUUUAAAAGUUAAGUGACUUGCCUGUAAUAUGAGUCAGCAGGUAUCUGAGGCAGGAUUUGAACCUGUCUUCCUGUCUUCAACCUGCUAUAUCUACAACACUGUCCUGCUGCCCAGAAUACUUAAAUGAAUUGAUUAAAAAUGAGGUAAAUAGAAUCAGGAAAACAACAUACACAAUGGGUGCAAUAUUCAAAUAGAAAGGAGAGUAAAAAGAAACUAUGUGCAAUAUAGUGACCAAGUCUGUCCCUGAAGACAAAAUGAGAAAACGUAUCUUUGGGGGGGAGGAGAGAGGGGUUGUUUCAAAAUUAUAGCUCUCUAAGGAAAAAAGAUAUUUGAAAAUAAAAGUAUGAAUUUGAAAAAAAUUUAUCUUAAAAGACACUAAUAAAUUUGCUAAAAGUCUUAUUUUGAAUACAGAAAUAAGAUGAAAUAACUAAGGAAUUCACAGUCCUCAAGGAUUUUUAUAUCAGGAAUACUGAAACUAGAAGAACUAGAUGCUAGUGAAAAUGGUAAGGAGGACUGUUGAUACAUGACCAUUUAGAAUGCUGAAUGUGAAUUUUAAAACUACUCCACCCUAAUCAGACUGUAUUUUAAAGAUCUAAUUUAGCUAUUUCCUGAUUAGUAACAAUGGAGAUACUUGGUUUAACAGAAUCAAGUCUUGGGAACUCUACGUUUCUCCACCCUCCUUAGUUUAACAAGAUUAGGAAGGUCUGCACCAAACUCAAGGAUUAAGUAUCUGAAAAAAAUGGCCUUCAACAGACAUAUGCAGAAAAAGCAGACAGACCCCUGGGCUGUCCUAAGUCAAGCUAAGCUCUCAUUGGUACAGAUGAGACACAGGAAAGUGACAUAAAACCAUCCAUAUAAGGCACAUCACUGUUUCUCUUCACCCUCUUUCCCUGGAGAGGUGACUCUGGCUGGCAGCAUGCUAGGCAUUCAGACAUCUUGGAGUGGUGGCAAUUAUUUGGGUUUGGUGGUAAGUUUGCCCUUCAGCUGAUUCAGGUUCAGGCAUCUUGGCUGAGCCCCUUUUGGAGUCCAGGCUGACUCCUUCCUCCUUCACACUCCAAAACCUUAUUUUCUAGAUCUUCCAAUCUUCCUGCCCGGUACUAGCCAGGCGGGAGAAAAUCUUACUCCUUUUCCUUCGCCCUUCUUAAUCUCCUCCACUAUCAAUUAAAUCACCAUAAAAUUUUCAGCUGAUGGGUAUUUUAUUAUUUGGGGUUUUCCCUGGCAACCAUUUAAAUUUAGAUUUAAGUCACAAUGCUAAAAUUAUCUUUACAGAAUUUUUUGUCUAUUUUAUUCCUGUUUUCCAAGGACAGUGAUCUUUGCAUUGAGAAAGUUGUAACAAUUAAAGUAGUGUAUGGCAUAAACUGUUACAGAUAAAAGAGUGGUUGUCUUAAACUGUGACCUCAAAGAUAUGUUUUUUUAUAUUAAAAAUAAACUGGUCACCAGGGGAAAAUUCCCAAAUAUGAAAUAUGCCCAAGUCAGCUGGGUUUUUAUGGAGAUUUUAAUUAAUACAAAUAAGGAAUUAAUGAAAGAGAGUAAGAGGAAACAAUGAGAAAAGAGAUAGGCCAGCCUAGGCUUUUAAGCCUUAAGAGAGACAUCAGUCAGUCUUUUAUCAACUCAACACAAGAUCUGUCCAAAGCAAGAUUUUAGUGUUCAGAGAGACACCAGUUCAGCUUCAGCUAGCUCAAUCAAGUUCAGCCACCAAGCCCUUCAAGGCAGUUUUGGCAAGCUGCCUCCUCCAAUUCAAGGUACAACCAAAAUGGUUUAGAAUUAGGAAACCUAGGAUGACCAUUUAGCUUCCCUCAGAAUCCCCAGCCAGGCUCAGACAAACUACAUCCAUAGUCCUGAGAGAACUGACAUUUGCUGAAUUCUAAUCUUUGAAAAUUCUUAGACAUUGUGUAUUCAAAUUCUUAAAGGACUGCCAUGUGAAAGAAAGAUUACAUUUGUUCUGUUUGCCCUCAGAUGGCAGAAUUAGAAACCAAGGGAUAAAAGUUCAAAAGAGGGAGAUAAGGAUUCGUGCUAUCCAAAAGUGUAUAAUGAGCUAUAGUUUCCAGCAAUAAGGAGGGGAAGAUAUGUUCCCUGUUAAAUUUAAUUGUGGUUGGACUCUGAAUAUUUAUGUAGGUGGUCACCAGGGAUUUAAUUUCUAAAUCCCAAAAUUAAUUGCUAAAGUAAGUGAAAUUUAUGGUAGUUUAUUUACAAUAGAAGGAAGAAAAGGGGAGAGAGUGAGCUCUGGCUUCCGCUAAUACCAGUUAGAAAUUCUAAGCCCAGCCAGUGGGAAAGAGUCUCAAGACAAUGGGCCUUUCCUGGAGGGUUCAUGCCUCCAGAAAGGUGGGGUCACUAAGUCAGCCUUUCACUCACCAAGUGUGACUGUCUAAAGGGAAGAAAGGAAGUUAGUCUUCCUUACUAGAAGUUGAUUACAAGCAUGGUGUAUUCUGUGAAAGAGCAGUGCAUUACCUGUUUCAAAUAGCUUCUUGCUUUAAGAUGUUUUAUGAAAGUCUUUAUUUUGUUGUAUUUUGCUGAUUGUUUUGUUUAAGAUUUAAUUUUGUUGUUUUAAGUUUGUAUAUUAAUGUACUCAAUACUAUUCUGUUACACUGAAUCAGUUUAAUCUACUGUGUUUUAACUAUUAGAUAUAUUCUCUUACUUUUCCCCAAUAACUAUACUAAACAAAAUAUUGUAAAGCCCAUAAAACAGCUUUUUCUUCCAUUUUGCAUUUAAGUGUCACAUAGAUGACAGAUGAAUUCAACCUUGCUAACAACCUUUGGAGAAUUUAAUGAGCUAAGAAUUAAAAUGGUAAUUCUAAGAGGUCUUCUGAAAUAAUUUUAAUUAACUAAUGGUUUCUGAAAGGAUGAUUUUAAAAAAUAUAUUAUAAAGAAUGUUGUGUUAAAGGUAGAGAAAAAAAAGAAAUGUUCCUACCAAGGUGUUUCUAUGAAGCAGGAAUCCAAAAAGAGCUCCUGCAAAACUCUUCAGUUUAACUUACUUCCACCAGAACACUCUAGAUUUCUAUUUGCCAUGGUUGAAAGAUUUUCUACAUCUGCAAAAGUUGUGACAAAUAUCCAUCAGUUCAUAGGGUUUUGUUUUGUUUUUUUUGUCAUACAGCAACUUCUAUGAAAUAUGAUAGUGGGUUUGUUUGCUAUUGUAAUUAAUUGGGCUAUUGUGAAUUUUGGGGUCUUUGGUAUUCCUUUGAAUGUGCAUCAUCUACAUUACUAUUUUAUUCUGAAAACCUUUUGUACUCACACAGUGGUUAAGUUAAAAAAAAUGGAUCUCA